AUGCACAGGUUGGCUUCCAACAUCUACAGCUUUGCCUGCUCUUUGUGGAGUCAUCACACAGACAUGUUCCUGCUGAAGAUACAGAGUGGAGAACCGCACACAGCACUUAGUGCACUUGAACACACGUUGCUGUCUCUGAAGGUGCUGCGUAAAUUGACGGUUAAUGGAUUUGUGGAACCUCAUCAGAACACGGAGUUGGUGGUGGUCAUGUGGGCGAAGCUCAUGCCUGCAGAGAGAAACUGGAGAAGAUCAUCAUCCUCUACACUAAAGUCUGUGUGUGUGUGUGUGUGUGACAGUGCUGAUGGUGUGGGUUUGAACCUCACCAACACGUUUCUGAUAUUUACGGAGGAGGAUAUUGGAGAGCUGUUGAAGAUCCGCCUGACCUGGGAGAGUCCCACUGAGUCCUUCUCGGCUGUGUGGAAACACAUUAAGUCUUUCUGGUCCACUUCCUCAAGUACCAAAGUGCUGCAGGUCCGCAGGAUCCGCAUCAAGUGUGGAGAGUCACAGAGGAAGUUCACAUUCUGUGCUGAAGACAUGGCAGUAACAGACAUCACUCCGGGGAAAUCUGUAACCUUUGUGAAAUGUCGUGACGGUUGGGAGGUGAAACCCAGGAAACGGAUCCAGGGCUGAGGGGAUCACGGUCACUGAUGUGUGUGUGUCUGCAGGAUCCAGGGCUGAGGGGAUCACGGUCACUGAUGUGUGUGUGUCUGCAGGAUCCAGGGCUGAGGGGAUCACGGUCACUGAUGUGUGUGUGGAUUGGGAUGUGACUGCUCUCUUCACAGGCUGAGCACUUUUUUAUCGGUUUCUUUUUUCUAAACAGUUGGGGCAUGAAGCAAAAGUGUGUUUGUGUAUGAAGGAGGGUGUGUGUGUGUGUGUGUGUGUGUGUGUGUGUGUGUGUGUGUGUGUGUGGGUGUGUGUGUGUGUGUGUGGGUGUGUUUCUCUUUUGAUACUAAUUUGUACAGGCCUAUUUAUUUGUGAUCUAGCCUGUGUCU